AGGCCCAGCCAAGAAACAGUCCAGAACAAACAGCAAAUUGUCAUUUUUACUCUUUUAUCUUUGUAUGGAUUAUACAAACAAGAUAUAAGAUAUUAAUUAGUGAGUUUUACAAUUGCUGAGGGCAGCUUACCCACGUCAUCAUGUUGGACUGAGACUCGGGGCAUCAAAGAGCCACUGAACGAGAACGUCAGAAGAAUAACAUGAGCCAUUGUCCUCCCAGCCUGCUGUGCACCGGAAAACACUGUUCAUGAUCCCAUAAAAAUCUUUUUGGCACAUGGAGAUGGAGAUGCACACAUCAAGUCCGCCAUCAGCACCAAUGUACAGCAGUGGCUAUUCCCAGGUCUCCAAGUACAGCCCACAAGCCCAAAAGAAGAUGCAGUACCGCUCAAAGGGCAAGAGCUGCGGCUACUACAUGCGCAUUGUCUUCUUCUUCUCUUCGCUCAUUCAGUCUCUCAUCAUAGUCAGCCUUGUGCUCUUUCUGGUCUAUGGUAAGAAGCAGGACUCGGCAUCCACAACGCGCAUACAGGACCUGGAGGAGAGCUUCAGCCGACUGUCCAUAGAGAAUGUUGCCCUGAGACAGCAGAGGAAGAACCUGACUAACUUUCUCAACACCUCUCUGACUGAGAAGACCCGUAUCGAAUGGGACCUGGUCAAGUGCCGCCAUUUCUCCAACAUCUCAAUGUACCUUAUCGACGAUCUCAACAAGAAGUUGCAACAAUGCUCUGCAAGUUUGAUGUCUUGCAGGAACACUCAGAUCACAGGUAGUGUUGGUUGCACUCCCCCACAUGGAAGAACAAUGCCAGUCGGCUUUGUGUUGCCGAGUGAUACGCUGAAUGCCAGGCUUCAGCUAUUAGAGUCCAACUUCACACAAACAAUGCAAAGGAUGAGGAUGGAAAGGGACCAGAUCGCCAAAGACAGGGACAACAUUAACUUGGAGGCCAUCCGUCUGAGGAGGGACAAAUCUACAUGUGAAAGGGAGUUGCAGGUCUACAGACUAAAAUGCAAAGAAGACUUUAUCCAGUCCUUGAGUGGUGUCUCCAAUGUCUCCAAGGCCUUCCUACAGAAGAUCGAAUCCCUCUUCCCUACACACAUUGCCUUCCAGCUCACCUGUCAGAACCAGAGGGACCACCUAGAGCAGAUCCGCACCAAUUGCACCAGCCUGUCCAGAGAGGUGGAAGACAAGUUCCAGCGCUACCUGAACAGUGUGGGGGAGCAGGUGUCAGCCAUCCAGGCUGAGAACAGCCGCUUAAAGGCAGAGAACUGGCGACUGUCUGAGGACUACCGCUGGUGCAGCCAGAACCGCUCAGGUCUGAUUCAGGAGCACAGGCAGAACUUCGAGAAGUUUCAGCUGAAACAUGAUAAGGACAAGGAGAGACUCCUGAUGGAUAAGAUGACGCUUCAUGGAGAGAUAGAUGUCCUGCAAAAGAAAGUCAAUUUUAAAAAUAAAGAGGUUGAACACCUUACACAGCAAAUCAAGCAGCUCAACAUGUCCUGUAUGUUUAAGCCUGGUGGAGGCUCCAUCCCCGGGAUAGGCCAACCCAGUCAGGCUGGGGCAUGGAAUACUUUCAACGGGGGGUCCAGCUCUGCCUCAUCCAGCUCUUCUGGUUUGGGUCAACUUGGUAGGGCAGGGUUUGGGGUAGGCUAUGGAUCAACCGGGUCAAGUGGGACAGGAUUCAAUAAACCAGGAUCAACAGGGCUAGGCUCCUCAAGCUUUGGAUCAACCGGGUCAAGUCCAAACCUUAGCUCAACUGGGUCAGGAUUAAAUAAACCAGGAUCAACAGGGUUAGGCUCAUCAAGCUAUGGAUCAGCUAGGUCAAGUCCAAGCCUUAGCUCAGUUGGGUCAGGAUUCAAUAAACCAGGAUCAACAGGGUUAGGCUCCUCAAGCUAUGGAUCAACUGGUUCAAGUCCAAACCUCAGCUCAGCUGGGUCAGGAUUCAAUAAACCAGUGUCAACAGGGUUAGGCUCCUCAAGCUAUGGAUCAACCGGUUCAAGUCCAAACCUUAGUUUAAAUAAGCCAGCAACGAGUGGUAGAAACACACCAAGCUUUGCGUCAUCCUCGGGGUCCACUGGGUCAAGUCCAAACCUUAGCUCAGGUGGGUCAGGGUUAAAUAAACCAGGAUCAACUGGGCUAGGCUCCUCAAGCUAUGGUUCAACUGGGUCUAGUCCGAAUCUUAGCUCAGGUGGGAUAGGCUCCAAUAAGCCAACAUCAAGUGUGAAAAGCUCCCCAGGCCUUGGCUCAACCGGGUCAGCGAGUAAGAGUGGGUCAGCCAGCUCUGGAUUAUCUUGGUUUGGGUUAGGAUUAGGCAACAGUAACACAGGACAAAGUAAGCCAGGAAGUGGAACAGGGAAAGGAACAUCAAGUGGAACUGGAUCUUUAUUUGGUGGCGGAAGGACGAGUGGAUUGGGAGGUGGCCCAGUCAGUGUUACUCAGCAUCUCAAAGAUCUGCAACGCAUCAUCAACCCUCCUGGCCCAGAGGAGAAACAGGAUCUUUCCAGAAUGUUGGGUUAGUCCACCUUGAUGAGGAAAACCAAAAACUGCAAGAGAUUUAUCCUCAUAUUAAGCUAUUACACACAGCUAAAUGUAAGCUUCUCAUAUUGAGUUCACAUAUUGUACACAGUAUCAAUCAAUGUACCAUAUAAUAUACACUGUUUAUGAUUGUUUAUACUACAAUAUGCAUAUUUAAAAGGAAUUUGAAUAACAUUUGCACUUUUCAAUGUAAAAUGUGAACUUUGUGUGUUAAUCAUUUGUAUCUACACAGUAUGCAACUUAGCAUGAAUAAGCACAUAGUAUUUUUACACUGUGAACAUGUAAAAAUAAAGGCUUUGUUCAAACUUAA